CGUGAGCGUGACGUCGCUGCCGGGGUAAUGUAAAUGUUUUACCAGCUCCAAGUAGUUUCAAAAGACUAAGAGUGAAGCAGAGAAGAGAUAGAAAGAGAGAGAGCGAGAGAGAUCAACAGGAAUCGGAGCUGAGGAAGACAUCACAUUAUCUUACAUAAUGCAGCCACGCAUCCUCUUCUCGCUGCUGUUUGUCCUGGUGGUUGUCCUCAUGGCAGGGGGCUCAGAGGCUGGCAGGAACAAGAAAGAGAAAGGAAAGAAAUCCAACUUGGCCUGUAAGGAGUGGCAAUGGGGAGCUUGUGUGCCAGCAACGGGUGACUGCGGCAAUGGAAGCCGCGAUGGAACCUGCAAAGAGAACGGCGAGACCAGGACCUUAAAGUGCAAGCUGCCAUGUAACUGGAAGAAGCAGUUUGGAGGUGACUGCAAGUACAAGUUUGGGAGCUGGGGAGAAUGUGACAUUGAGACUGGCCUCAAGACUCGCAAUGGCACCCUAAAAAAAGCUCUGUUCAAUGCAGAGUGUAAGCAGUCCGUGAAGGUCACAAAGCCCUGUGAUAAAUCCAAGUCAAAAUCAAAAGGUAAGAAGGGAAAGAAGGGAAUGUGAAGAACUUCCUAGAAAUUUGACAGUAUAACCCACCUUCUGUUGAUCUGAGCUGCAGCACAAUCUAUACAGCCACCCCUCACCAAAAUACCUUUCACCAAGCUUUGUUGUAAUCUUCUAAUCUGUAGAAUUUAAUGUAAAGGAACAACCUUUUUAAGUGGUUGAUUUUGUUUUCUAGUCUCUUAUUGCUUAUAAACCUGAGACUUUGGCAUGUGUACAGUACAUUUCUGCAACAAUAUAAUUUCUGUGUAGAAUGCCUUCCAGAUCUUUAGAAUUGUAGUAGUUUUUACGUGUAUCAAUUGUUCUGUUAAACCUCUUCCAAAAUGAUUUUUUCGUUUUUCAGCAUUCUUUGAAGAAUUUUAGGGUAUUCAUUUUUCCCAGUCUUUGACCUUCACAUCUGAAUGCAGAUAAAUCCUAUCAGAUAAAAUAAACUGUAACUGUUUCAUUUGGAUUUGGACGACAGAAAAGUGUUAAAGCAGUUGGUGAUGUGAAAAAUGGCCAUUUUGCUCUACUGACAUUGAUGUAGUCUUGACAAUGCAUGACAUUGACACAUUGAAAUUUUUAAUAAAACCACACAAUUAAAACUUUUUUAUUAUUUCGAAGCUGUGAAUUAGAACUUUAGAAGGCAUAAAGUAAUUAAUGAAAAAUAAUACACUUUCAGAGCUAAGUGUUUGCCAUUUACUGAACAGAUCUUGGAUGAGAGGUUUUUUUCAAUAAAAUCUUUUAUAAAUUA